UUUAAAAAUUUCUCUAGCCCUUCCUUGUAUUUCCUCUUCUUCUUCAAGUUCUUCCCCAAACGAGGAAGAAGUUUUAUCGAAGAAUUUACAUCAAAAUCAACAACAAAUUCAACAUUUUCGUUUGGCCAUAACUGCUGCUUCUAAUGAUUCCACAACAAGUCAGGAUUCGUUAGACUCUGUUAGAACAGCAAUUCAUUGUCCAAAUAAAGAAUUAAAUAAUUCCCCAAAACAACAAAUGCCACAAAAAAUAAAACAAUUAGAAUCAAUCCCUGGGACAAGUGGAGAAAUUAAAGAAAAUUCUGAAAUUUUGACAUUGAAAAGAAGAGAAAAUGAACAAACAAAAGAAAAAGGUUUAAUUAACAACAAACAAGUAAUUGAAAGGCUAUCAGAACCACGCAAAAUAAUCUCAACUACAAAUAAUUCUACUAGACAUUCAUCAACAACUAUUUCUUCAAUGCUUAAAUCUGACGGAACUAAAAAUUAUCGUUAUGCUAAAGAUGAUUGUAUUAAUUUUUAUGCAGCCAGUUCAUGUUCGUCCCUUUCCAGUGCCUUUUCCGAACCAUUAGACGAUUACCAAGUCUCUACUUCUGAUUUAACUACUGCAAGUUCUUCAGGCGAUCAAAAUUCUCCAGAAAAACAUCCAAAUAUGGAAUUUAUUGGGUUUCGAGCUCCCCAUCCCCCUCAAAGACAGCAACAAUUUCUCCAACCACCAAAAAUGCGUUCAAUCCAAAAUAGAGGUUCUCCUUCAAAUUUAAUGGGACCUUUAGGGACUGGAAUGCCUGUUUCGAAUAAAUGGAUUCAACAACAAAAAAUGCCAACAAAUCCUCAACAAUGGCAGCAACAAAACAACAAUAAUCGUUAUAGUGUUGCUACAACUUCUGAUAUUACAAGACCUUCAACAUCUUGUAGCGGGAAUAAUGUUCAACAUUUUUCUUCGAGCGAUGGUGGUCAUAUCCUUUUGCGUAAUUCUGUAAACAAUUCUGGAACACAAUGGACAGAUCCAAAGGAAUCAACAAAUAUCAAUUUUUAUGCUCAACCUCCUCAAUAUUCUGGAGGAGCUUUUGAAGAAUAUUCCCCUCAGUCUUCCACAUCACAAACUUCCCAUUUCCGUGCUUACCAUACAUUUACUUCUGCUAAUUUUCAACAAAUACAACAACAACGAAAUCAACAACGUCGUAUUCUUUCCCCUCCCCACCAUUUAAUGGCUCUAAGUGAUGAUGGUGAUACGUUGAGUGUUGCUGCUGGUGAAAUAGGUGGUCAACAACAAAUGUUGGGGAAUAUGCGUUCUUCUGCAUUUGGGCGACGUCAUCAAGUAAACGGACAAGAAAUCGGAGAAAAUAUUAAUGAUUCUCCAAUUCGUCACCCGGCUUAUCACACCCAUUCAUUAGACCGUCAUGCACAUUUACGUAUAUUUCAACAGCCAAGAAUCCCUCCAAUACAUAAUGGGGUUAUCAAUAAUAAUCCAAUACGUAAUGGAAAUAUUAAAUUAACAACAACAUCAAGUAACCAAUCCAAACAAUUUCCAUCAAAUAAUAAUCAAUUUAAUUCUUUAUUAAUAAGUCCAAGACAUUUUGCCUAUCCAUCUUCUACUUUUGCAUCUACUCCAAAUAAUCAAAUGAUACAACAAGAUAAGAAAAUUGGGUCAAAUAAUGGUUCAUCACGUAUUUAUUCAAACCUCCAAAACAAUAAUGGACAACAAAAGUUUUCUUCUGCAAAUAAUAGUUGUUUAAAUUCCCCCAACAAAAUUCAAUUAAUUUCUUCAGAUGAAAUUAUUCAACAACCAGGCUCACAACUUUCUUUAGUUUCUUCUCUUGGUUCUGCUUAUACAAAUACUAUAGAAGAACGUUAUGAGUGGGAAGUUAAUAAACUUCAAAAUGAAUUAGAAUCUUAUAGAACAACAGUUUCUUUACUCAAUCAAAGACAUAGUGGAUAUAACUGUAUGUUACAAAUAUUUGAUUCGAAAUUACAAACAAUUAUGUUGAGUUUGUCUAAAUUACAACAAAAAAGACAUGUUAAGAGAAAUGAGGUUGAAAGAUUAUGUCGGGAAAUUGAGCAUUUACGUUCAUUAAGUAUUAGUGCCGGUGUUGUACCUAAAGAACAACAACAAUUAAAUUUAAUUAAAAAAGAAAAUAAUAAUAAUUCUUUACCACCACCUUCUGAUAAUAAAGAAAUUGAAAAAGAAAAAAAUAUAAAAAUAAUAAAUGAAAAAUCAUCCUCUGUUGGAAGAGGGGAACAAACAGAUGGAGGAGGGAAAAAAGCUGGAUGGAUUCGAAGUUCUUUUACUCGCGCUUUUCAAAAAGGAAGUAGCAAAAAGAACAAACAAACACAACAACAAAUAAAUGAAGAAGAAAAACAACAAAAAAUAAACGAGGAAAAUGGGAAAAAAAAUGAACAACCUUUUUAUGUUAAUUCUUUAAAAAAAGAAUUAGAAAAUAAAGAAUUGGCAUUAACUGAUGUCCAAUUAGAUGCUCUUGAUAAGGCUAAAGAAAUUGAUAUUUUGAGAGAAACUGUUAAUAAAUUACAACAUGAAAAUCGAAUGUUAAAAUACAAUUUUUCUCUACUUGAACGUCGUGUUCGUUCUGAAUCAAGAGCAAGUUCUCAUAUAUCUUUGAAUACAAAUUUAUGUUCUGGUGGUCCUCCAGAUUGUGGAGGAGGGGAUUUGGAUGUAGAUGCUUUGGAAGAAGCAGCUAACCAAUUAUUAGAAGUACCUGAACAUUCUAAUUUACCUUUAUAUGAUAUUGUUGCCUCUUCUCCUUCUAGUGGAGAUUUUUCUGUGAAUACAACAACGACGGGAAGUAGUUUAGAAGCACGUAGUAAUAAAAGUCAGAGAACUAGUAUUGGGUCUAAUAUUUCAAAAUCAAACCAACAACUUCAACAAUUUAUUAAAGUUGUUUUAUGUGUCGAUAUGAGUGGACGUUUAAAUAUAGAUUCUUCCACUAAUGCAUCAGCUCUACCUCCUCCUUCUUCUUCUUGUUCUUUAACCUCAAUUUCUCGUGCAAGUUCUGGUUCUUCUUCAACACUUUCUUCUCUUGGAAGUGCUUUAAGUGGAUGUGGAAAUAAACGUAGAGAACUUUCAAUUGGGCAUUUAAAUCUUCCUUUGGCUGAGGGAAUUAAUUGGAAUGAUUUAGACCAACAAUUAGGGCUUUUAUUAGAAGAAUAUCUUCACCGAAUAGAUCCAGAUUUGUCAUUGGGUGUUGACUCUUAUUCGAGUAUUAUUGGUUAUCAAAUAAUUCCGAAAAAUUCUUUGGGAUUACCUAAUGAAUGGUUAAUUCGUAAAAGAAAUUCAGUUGAUGAAUAUUUAAAUAUAAAAAAUAAUGAAACAGAAGAAUUAACUCCAAAAUUAUCUCCAGAAGAAGUUUUACUGCCAGGAACUUUAAUUAGACUGAGAUUGAGAGGAGUAGCACAACAUUCAGUAGACUCAUUAGUUCUUGAAAGUUUAUUUCCAAGAAAUUUACUUGAACAAUUACUUGACCAAUUAGAGAAAUAUCGCCGUUUAAUUCUUUUUGGAACUGCCGGAAUUGGAAAAUCUAAUUUGGCUCGUUUAAUUGCAAAAUAUUAUUUAAUGAAAUUUAAUAUAGAAUUAAAUAAUAAAUCUUUAAUUGAAAUACAUUUUCCUACAGAAAAUAAUAAUUUGAUAGAAAAUGAAUCGAAAAUCCAACAGGCAUUUUUUUCUAAAUUAAAAAUUUAAAUUUUUAUUUUUUAAAGGCAAAGGAGCAAUUAUUAACUUCAUUAAAUUCCCAACAAAAUAAUUUAUUUUCACCAUUUAUUUUAUUAGAUAAUUUACCUUUAAAAUAUUUAAAUGGAAUUGUUUUUGAUGUUUUUCAAUCUUUUGAUUUAAAAAAUAAAUCAUCAAAUAAUAAACCUUUUAUUAUUUGCACACUUAAUAGAACUAAUUUAACUGAACAAUUAAUUAUACAAAAAUUACAAAUUCAUCAUAAUUUCCAUCUUUGCCCGCUAAAUCAAAAAAUGGAAGCUGUUAAUG